CCCUAUUCUUGUAUCAAUCCUCCCCUUCUUCCUCUCUCGCUGCCUCUUCCUCCUUUCCAUUGUCUCUCUAUCAUACGAAUUCUUGACCCGAUUUCGCUUUUCACCACUCCGAUAGACUCAACUUCCUUGACAAUUGGCCAAAGAUGGCUGUCGACAUGGCCGACAAGUCCGGACGUAAGAAGCUCGUGGUGGUCGGGCUGGGGAUGGUGGGCAGUGCUUUUAUAGAAAAAAUGCUCAAGCUGGACGCACAAAGUCGAGAAUACGACAUUACGGUCAUCGGAGAAGAGCCGCAUUUGGCAUACAACAGAGUCGGAUUGACUACAUAUUUUGAGCACCGGAGAGUCGAGAAUCUUUACUUGAAUCCCAAAGAAUGGUAUCACACAGGCCCCGAAGGAGCUCUGGGAUAUUUAGUAAAUACAAGAGCAACGGAAAUUGACUCCAGGGCGAAAACGGUGACUUGUUCAACCGGAGAGGUUUUUUCCUACGACGUCCUGGUGCUGGCCACCGGUUCCGAUGCUCUCCUUCCCCGGCAAACACCAGGUCACGACGCCACGGGAGUCUUCGUCUAUCGCACCAUCGAGGACCUCACCAGCCUUAUCGAGUUUGCCGACCAGAGGAGAGGCACUACGACUGCUGUGGUUGGUGGUGGCCUGCUGGGCCUGGAAGCCGCCAAGGCGAUGAUGGACUUGGAAUGCUACGACAAGGUGAAGCUCAUCGAGAGGAAUCCAUGGGUGUUAAGCCGACAACUUGACGAGGAUGCCGGCUUCAUGGUCGUCGAGCAGGUUCGCCAACUGGGUCUCGACGUUCUCCUUAGCAAGCGGGUGGCCAAGAUCGAGGUGGAUCCGAACAAUCACGUACAAGGCCUCCUCUUCGAGGAUGGUGAACGGAUAUCCUGCUCAACUGUGUGCUUUGCUAUUGGCAUUCGAGCUCGAGAUGACCUGGCCCGGACAGCGGGGAUCGAGUGUGCGGAGCGCGGCGGAGGCAUCAUCGUUGGAAACGACCUCGGCACCAGCGAACCUGAUAUCUACGCGAUUGGAGAGUGCGCCAGCUGGCAGGGUCAGACUUUCGGUCUCAUCGCGCCGGGCGUCGAGAUGGCCGAUGUGCUGUCUUUCAACCUCACGCAAGCCAAGCUCCACCAGCCGAGGAUAUUCAAGCGUCCCGACCUCAGCACCAAGCUGAAGCUGCUCGGGGUGGACGUCGCCAGCUUCGGCGACUUUUUUGCAGACCGCGACGGGCCCCAGUACCUACCGCCUCGCGUCGCAAAGAAAGCCAAGACCCCAACCGACGGCACGAACGGCGUGGAUGGUGGCGUCAAUGGUUCAUCGCCUGCUCCCAUCCCUGUCAAGGCUCUUACCUACAGAGAUCCGUUUCAGAAGGUGUACAAAAAGUACAUUUUUACGGAAGAUGGGAAAUAUCUACUAGGGGGGAUGAUGAUUGGGGACACGAGUGACUACAUCAAGCUCGUUCCCAUGGUCAAGUCUAUGAAGGAGCUGGAUAUGCCCCCGGGCCAACUUAUCUUGGGGGCCAAGAAAGACGGCGGCGACGACGGCGACGACCUCUCCGAUGAUACCCAAGUCUGCUCAUGUCACAACGUGACCAAAGCCGACGUCAUCCAGGCAGUCAAAGAAGGCGGCUGCAAAAGCAUUGGCGACAUCAAAUCUUGCACCAAGGCCGGCACCGGCUGCGGCGGCUGCCUACCCCUUGUCACGACCAUCUUCAACAAAACCAUGGCCGCCAUGGGCAACGAGGUCAAGAACCAUCUCUGCCCGCACUUCCACUUUUCACGGGCCGACCUUUACAACAUCAUCAUGGUCAAGAGGUUCCAGACCUUCCAACAAGUGAUGCGUGAAGUCGGCAACGACGGGAACUCGUCCGGCUGCGAGGUUUGCAAGCCCGCUAUCGGCAGCAUUCUCAGCUCGCUGUGGAACAGGCACGUCAUGGACAAGACGACACAUGGACUGCAGGACACGAAUGACCGCUUCUUGGGCAACAUCCAACGGAACGGGACGUACAGUGUCGUCCCUCGUAUGGCCGGUGGCGAGAUCACUCCGGAAAAGCUCGUCGUCAUCGGUGAGGUGGCGGCCAAGUAUAAGCUCUACACCAAGGUCACGGGCGGGCAACGAAUCGACAUGUUCGGCGCGAAGAAGCAGGAUCUGCCAGACAUCUGGAGGAGGCUGGUCGAGGCCGGUAUGGAAUCCGGUCAUGCUUAUGCCAAGUCCCUCCGGACCGUCAAGAGCUGCGUCGGGACGACAUGGUGUAGGUUCGGUAUCGGAGACAGCGUUGGCAUGGCUGUGCGUUUGGAGGAGCGAUACAAGGGCAUUCGCGCACCACAUAAGAUCAAGGGCGGCGUCAGCGGGUGCGUCCGUGAGUGCGCCGAGGCGCAGAACAAGGAUUUCGGCCUCAUCGCGACGGAGAAAGGCUUCAACAUUUUCGUGGCAGGCAACGGCGGCGCAAACCCGAAACACAGCGAACUGCUCGCCAAGGACGUGCCCCCGGCCGACGUCAUCCCCAUUCUCGACCGCUACCUCGUGCUCUACAUGCGGACAGCGGACAAGCUGCAGCGUACAGCGCGGUGGCUCGAGAACCUGCCGGGCGGGCUCAAAUACCUCCAGGAAGUGAUCCUGGACGACAAGCUGGGCAUCUGUGCGUCCCUGGAAGCGCAGAUGCAGGAGCUCGUUGACUCCUUCUUCGACGAGUGGGCCGAGGCCAUCCAAUCACCCGACCUGAUAGCACAGUUCCGGCAAUUCGCGAACACAGACGAGGCGGUCGAGGUCACCGAGGUGGAGGUGGAUCGGGACCAGCAGCGACCGGUAUAUUGGGCCAAGGACGCAGCGGCCAAGGAAGACUUCAAGGGGCUCAGGGAUCGGUGGUCUUCGCUGACGUGGCAGCCCAUGCUGGAGGCGUCAUACUUUGCGGGCGCGGACGAAGCGCCGAGCGGCGUGUCGGCGGCGGUGAAGAGGGGGGACACGCAACUGGCCGUGUGGAGGGUCCGAGGGCGGUACUACGCCACGCAGCAGAUGUGUCCUCACAAGCGGGCUUUCGCGCUCUCGGACGGGCUCGUCGGCGAGGACCCGAAGCCCACGGUAUGUAACGGGACGACGACUAGUGACGUCAGUGGCGCGAAAGGCGACAGCGGGGCCAACGGCAGCCAUGGGGAGGCGGCGGGCAAAGCGCCCUACAUAUCAUGUCCGUUCCACAAGCGCAACUUUGACAUGACGUCGGGCGACUGCCGCAACGACGCCGAGAUGAGCAUCGCGACCUUCGAAGCGGAGGAGCGGGACGACGGGAUGGUCUACGUCCAGUUGCCGCCCGUCGAGGAGCUUGAUGCUGCUCUGGGGACGACGAAGUGGAUGGUGCGCAAGGGGGAGAGCGGGGAGCACCCUUUUGCGGCGCUGGAUGCGAAGGUCGGCUUCAAGGGCCGGAGGGGGCGGAAGCCGGGCGUCCAACCUGUGGGGCCCAGGGUUGUAAGGAAGCCCGUUGCGGUUUUGGCUGGUGGAGGAUGCGGGAGUGCCCCUGACUGGUGAGGUAUACGGUGUUGGUCGUAGCGGGUCUGCUCGGCGAGGGUAUCGACCAGCGAGGGACGUGGAGGAUGAGAGACGCAUGAAAGGGGGAGACAGGAUGGAGAGUUUGGUAUUAUAUAUACAUAUAAACAGUUGGGGGGGAGGUGGUUUGCAAA